GAGUUUGCAGCCAGUUGUGCUCCUGGGAGCUGGGCUGGUUGUGCCCCACAGUCAGCCUGCCUGCCUUUAUCAAAGUGCUGGUAGCUUUGCCUCCCACCUGCGUGGGGCUUCUGAAAGCAUCUACCUGGGUGUCUCUUGGUCCUGCAGCCCCACACGCGGCACGCUGCAUCCAUCCUAUGCCUGUGGCAGCACCUGCACAGAGCGGGUGCCUCAAAGGUAGACUCUGGAGGCUGCUCAGUCCUCGGAGGCGGGACCUGGAGCACAAAGGGUGCUGUACUCUCAGAAGCAGGUGUUCUCAGGCUCCCGCCCAGUGGACCUGCGGGGCGGCCAGUCUCCAGCAUCCACGCCGGCGCCUCCAGGAGCAGCAGGAGUUCCACCACCACCUAAGCAGGGCGACCCCGGUCUGUGUCCACCUUGGCCGGCAAGAUGCUGCCUGUGUCCCCGGAGGUGAAGACCAACCCACUGCAGAAAGCGAACUUCUGCUCACGCCUGUUUGUCUGGUGGCUAAACCCCUUGUUUAAAAUUGGUCACAAACGGAGAUUAGAAGAAGAUGACAUGUACUCGGUGCUUCCGGAAGAUCGCUCCCAGCGCCUUGGAGAAGAGCUGCGAGGGUACUGGGAUCAGGAAGUUAAGAGAGCCCAGAAGGACACAGGGGAGCCUUCCUUAAUGAAAGCAAUCAUAAAGUGUUACUGGAAAUCCUAUUUAAUUUGGGGAUUGUUUACGUUUCUUGAGGAAGGCACCAGAGUUGUUCAACCCAUAUUUUUGGGGAAAAUGAUUAGUUAUGUUGAAAACUACAAUCCCACCGAUUCUGCUGCUUUGCAUGAAGCCUACGGCUACGCGGCAGGUCUGAGCACCUGCGUGUUCGUGUGGGCCAUUCUGCACCACUUGUACUUCUAUCACAUUCAGCGUAUGGGGAUGAGGCUGAGAGUAGCCGUGUGCCAUAUGAUCUACCGCAAG